AUGAUUAGCAAAAAUAGCUCUUCCUUAACCUUCAAAGUCAACGAAGUUGAAUUUAUGCCAAGUUGAGAGUCAGAUGCCAAUAUAGAGCUCAGCUAUAUACUGACAAAUUCCCAAACCUCUCAAAUCAUCUUUCAGUCUUCCACUUUUAAGCCAUCGCAAGUUUCCAGCCUUCCUCCAGUUCGAUUGCAGCCAAAUGAUCUUAGCUUUCUAGUUCUCAGUUUCUAUAUGAAGGUGAUUGAUGGCCAAAAGCUGCUGGGAUCAUCAUUAGUUAGUCUCAGCCCAAAAACAUGAUUAAAGAUUCCUAGCGAUGGUGAAGAAAUUUUAAGUGUAGAAAUCGAAUUUAUCAAUGAAGAAAACAUUGAAACCCUUCACAAAUCCUUGAGUGAAAGCGAAGUUUUAAGUGAAAAUGAAAAAUGCGAAAAUCAACAGAUUGCAACUGAAGAAAAUAAAAUCGAGGAGGAAAUUAAUAAGUUGCUAAGAUUGUAUGAAAUCGAAGAUAUAAAUAGUGUCGCAGAAAAAAUAGAAGAGGUAAAAGAAGAUAUUGCUUUUUAUAAUAAAAAGAAAAAUCAUGACUUUGAGGAAGAAGAAAAAAAGAAAUUACAAGAUCUUGAGAGAUUGCUAAAAUUGCAUGAAGAAAUUAAUCAAAAGGCUAGCGUUAUUGAGGAAGAAAAUUUAGAUGAAGAGCUCAAGCAAGGAUUAAUUAAGUACGAGAUUGGAAAUCCUCAACAAAUUGAAGAAAAAAUAAAUGAAACAAAAGAAAGUAUCUCUUUUUAUCUCAGAAAGAAAAAAUUAGAUAAUGCAAAAAUUGAAGAAAAUAAUCUUGCUGAUUUGGAAAAACUGCUCUCCAUUUACAAAAAGCUUAGCUCAAAAUCUAUCAUAGCUAUAGGUGCUAAAGAAGGUGACAAUAAUAGAAAAAUUGAGAUUAUUGAAGCAAUGAUUGAUGAUAUUUCAACGAUGCCCUUUUGUAUAGAAAAAUUUCUUACCAGUAUUUUGUGCUUUGCUUACUAUAAAUUCUAUGGUUUUGACCCGUCAUUAGAUAUUCAUGCAAAAUUUGCGAAUAUAGAUCCGAAUAUCGAGUUUGGCUAUUUUAUUGAUUAUUUAAAUCAAGGUCCUAAAGGAAUUUUACCAUCAAAACUUAUUUCUCGCUUUGAAAAACAUCUCAAAAAUGAAAAAUGGGAUAAAUCGAUACAAGAUAUACAAAAAGUUCUGAAAGAGCACAUUCGACCUAUUAAUAUUAGGGAAGUUAUCAGGCUAAUUAAUAAAUCAGUUCGAUGCUCUGAAAAUUUAAAAAAUAAAGACAUUAUUCUGUUAAUUGGCUUUACAGGCACAGGAAAAUCUACGACUACUCAUUUUUUAUGUGGCUCGGUAAUGAAAAGGGUCUUAGAAGAUAACGUAACGCAUAUAAACUUCGAAGCCAUAAAAAAUCCCUUAUUAAAAAAUGUUACGAUUUCAUCACGUGCCGAAUCAGAAACUCGAUACAUCUCUAUAAUACCUAUUAAUAUAAAUUCUCCUCAAGAUGAUGCUUUUAUAUGUGAUACGCCAGGCUUGAUGGACACAAACGGUGCAGAAGUUGAUAUUGCAAAUACAAUAGGCAUUGUUAAGUGUGUUAGGAAAUGCAAGAGUGUAAGGCCUUUAAUUUUAAUAAGUUCUAAAGCUGAAGGCGAUAGAUUUGAAGGAGUCAAGAAACUUGCUCAUGCUUUGGCUCGGCUUGUCCCUAAUUUUGACAAAUACAGCUGCUCAUUUACAUAUGCAUUUACCAAAUAUUCCCCAGAAGAUGCUAAAAAUAUACAUGGCAUUGUGAAAAAUGCUAUAAAAUUAAUAAAGAAUAACCCCGAUAAGGCAUUUCUGAAAAUUUUGAAAGAUAUAAGAGACAAGACUAAAAAUGGAGUAAUAACAAUUGAUCCAUUGAAAGAUAACCCACAAGAGCUACUUAAAAAGAUAAUGGAAAACGAGCCUAUAAGAAAUACAAGAGAUGCUUUUGAAAGCUUCAUAACUGAAGAUUCUAGUCGAUCUAUAAAAAAUCAAAUUUCUGUAUAUUCAGAAGGUAUUACAGCUGCCAUUGAUUCUUUCAACUAUGGCAUUAUAAAAUAUAAUUUAGAUGGAUUGCAAUAUAUAGCGAAUUUAUUUGAACAGUUUAGGCCUCAAUAUAAUGAAUCCGUCAAUUAUGUAAUAAAAAAGACUAAAGAUAUAUAUGAAAGUGCUCUUGAAAAACUAAAUAAAAUUUUAGACAAUCAUGGAAUUUUGGAAAAAGAUCAUGUAUUUUUUUAUCAAGAAGCAUAUCUUGCUCUGAAAGCAUCAGAAGAAAUUAGAGAAAGUCAUCUGAGAAAUGAAACCGCUAAAUCAGUAGCAAUGCUCAAUAAUCUUAUCUUUAAGCUAAACCUUCAUCAUGCAAGCAUUGAACCAGAGAAAUCAUACCUAUAUUUUCAAUUAAAAAAUACAAAAAUUUUAAGUGAAACAUUUGAAGAAAUUGCUGCUUGCUAUAAAGAUUUUAGUAAAGAAUAUAUAAAUCUAAUUGAAGAUGCGCUUAUAUCAGCUGACUCAUACUUGGAACGAAAUAAUUAUGAAAAAUUUGCUGAGACUGUACUGAAAGUAAAAAAAUGCUUCGAGGCUGCCUAUGAUAUCAUUAACUUAGAAGAUUUGUCUAUAAAGUAUAAAAGCCUUUUAAGCCAACUUAUUUCAAGCUUAAAAUCAAAAUAUAAUAGUUCUAUUGUACUUUUAGACAAAGGAUAUAUAGAAGAAAGUGACAUAGAAGGACUUCAGCAAAAUAUUUCCUUAAUAAAAUCAGCUAUUGAAGAUCAAAAUUUAAGAGAUUUUUUAUUAGAAAAUAAAAUUGAGGAUCUAGUCCCAUCAAUUAUUAAUAAAUACAAAACAUACUUUGAAAGUUUUGCUUCUUCUUUAACUGACAAAAAAGGAGAGAAUUGCAUAGAUGAAAUUCAAGCUAAAUUUUGUGAAUACAAUUUGUUAAUGAAGAUUCCUGAUAUAAACGCAAAUAUUGCUCCUUCUUGUCAAAAUAUCUUAGAUUUUUCAAUUCAAAAUAUAAAAAAUUUAAAAAAAGAAGCAAAAAAAUACAUAAAAUCAUUUGUCGAAUCGAUGGAAAUUAACUUAUUGUUUAAUUCCUUAGCAAGUCUUAAAUCAUGGAGAUGGCUUGAAGAAUUCAAAAAAGGGGUCUUGUGUGAUGUGCUUUCUGAUUUAGAAAAAAAAAUUAAAAAAAGCAUUGUAGCCAAGCUGGUUAGUAAAUUAUUAAGCAUUGAUUUAGGUAUUAACUUUCCUUCAAAUGUGCAAAUAGGAUAUUCAAUAGCAGUAAAAUCCGACCUUAUUCUUCAAUUACAAGAAUUUAUUCCAUCUGUUACUAAGUAUCCCAAAAUUGUUUGAGAUAAAUUUUGGGAAAGAAUUAAGGAAACUUUAAUGCUCAUUAAAAGUGAGUUUAAUCCAGAAUUAGGCAUUGAUCAUCAACUAAAUGAAAGAGAAAAAUUAAAAAACGUGAAGCAAGACUAUGAUAAAUAUAAAAAAGAAGAAAGCGCAGAUAAAAUCGAAGAAUUACUUACAACUAACGGAUUUAAUACAAUUGAUGAAAUUGAUCAAGAAAUAAGCAAAAUCCAACAAACAAUUGAAACAUUUAAAGAAAAGAAGGACAAAAUACCUGAUAUUGAUAAUUUAGAAAAUUCAUAUAAUUAUAUUGAAGAAUGCAAACAAAUACAACCUUUACCUGACAGCAUUGCUGAUAUCGUUUAUUCGAAUAUAUUUUCAAAAUUAAUUAUAUUGUAUGGGCGCUUUCUUGAAUGUUUAAAUGAUCGCUUUGUAUUUAUUUCUGAUUUUAUUAAAAAUGGCCGUGCUUUUGAUAUGAAUGAUUUAAGAGCUUACACUUGUCAGAUAUUGGCGAGCUUUCAAGAAAUAUCAACAUUAAAAACAAAAUCUCCAACUUUUUAUAAUUUUCUGAAUUUAGAGCCUCCCUUUGAGAAGUUUAAAACUGAGCUUACUAGUUUAUACUCUAAUGUAGAUGAAAAACUUAUGAAUCUUAAUCAAAAUAUUCAAGCCGAGUCAAUAACUUUAUUAUUUAUUUCUGAUGAACUUGCAAAAAUUGAUAAGACUUACUCAGAUCUUUCAAAAAAAUAUAAACAACUUCAAGAUUCUAGGCUUAUGGAAUUAAUUGAAUUAAUCGAGAAGCAUGAUUUUUAUAAUUUAAGACAAACGAUAAAUGAGCUUGGUGAGCCAAUUGCAAGUGUGAAAGCUAUAAUUUCAAAUAGAUUAUAUAAAGCCAUUAAUGAUUUAUUAGAAGACAUGAAAGAACGGACUAAAAACCUUAAUAUUUUUGAUUUAAAAAAUGACCAAAUAGAAAUAAUAAUUGCGAAUUAUAAAAAAAUUACGUGUGCAUUUACGAAUAAGCUCUAUGACUACUUUGACAAAGAAACAAAAACAAGAUUUAUAAAUGAGGAGGCACCAAUCAAAAACGAUCUUGAUAGAAAAAUUUUUAAAUACCUAUCUUUAAUAUCAGAAGACAUAAAAAAAAAUAUAUUUUAUGAAGCAGAGAUCAAAAUGAAAAAUAUUCAAUUCUCAACAAGGCAAGAAUUAUAUUGGCUUUUUGGAAUUAGAUUUUCAAAUAAAAUUUUAGAAAUCGAAGAUAAUCUAAGUAAAUUCCCCCAAAAUAUCAUUGAUCACAUACAAAGAAAUGAAAUCAAAGAUUUAAAAGCUUAUCCUCUAAAUUUAACAUUGAAGAUUAUUGAAAAAGCAUCAGAAGAUUUUCCAAAAUAUAUAGGGAAAUCUAAUGAAAUUAGAAGUUUGAUAAAUAUGAAAUUAUACGAUAUUAAGAUUAAUUUUAAGAAUGAAAAUACUUCCAAAAGAAAGGAAAAAAUUAAAAAUAUAUCGUCUACUCUUAAUAUUUUGCCAGAAGAUAUCAAAAACUCAGCUGAGAGACUAAUUGAAGAAAUCAAAGCAAGUCUUAAAGUAGAUAAAACUAUUUUUAUAAAAAGAGUUGAUAUUUAUGCAAAAGAUCAGAGCGUAAAACAAUUAUGUGAGUUUUAUAAACAAUCAACCGAUAAAACCAAUUUUUGUAUAAAUUAUGCCAAAGAUAAACUGAGAAAUAUGAUACGAUCAAUUAAAAAUGAAAUAAUUGUUGCUCUUAGUCAAAGAAAUUGAGAAUUGGCAUUUAAAAAUGCUCGUAUUUUAGAAUUAAAAAAUGAGAUAAAAAUAAUAUUAGAAGAUAGUGAUUCCAUUUUCAAAGAAAUAUUAUCAAAUCUUAAUGAAAAAAUUGAUCAAAAUUUAAAAACUCUUUUAAAUAUUGAGUAUAAAGAUAGUAGUACCGAGUUGGUAGAAUCAUUUAAAUUUUACAAAAAUCUUAUGGAUUUUAAUACUAAUUUUAAAUCAGAACCUAAAGCCAAGGAGAUUUUCCCCAUUAAAAAUGAAAUCGAAAGUAUUCAUGCUGCAAUUUUAGACUUUUAUCAGGAACUCAAUAAAAAUUACACAGAGUUCAAACCACCAAAUAGUUCCAUAAAGUGUAAUGAGACAUUGGAUAAAAUUAAAGAAUGGGAUAACUUUUUGAAAAAUUUUAAGGAGUUUUUAUCACAGAAUCAAAUUUAUACUAGUUUUGAUAGCAAGAUAAAAGAGCAGUGACGUUAUUCAAAAUUUAAAAAUGAUUUAACUCAAACAUUAGUUGAAUUAAACAAUUUUUUCAUAAAAUUUAAAGUUCAUGAUGAAGAUAUCAUGCAACAAGCACUACUUGAUAAUUACGCAAAAAAUAUUCAAGAAAAAUGAAAUCAAAUCAGAAGUUUCAGCUACUUAAAAAAUCACUUAAACCUAGAGACUAAUCUUGAAUUAAUGCAAUCAGAGGCAAUUGGUUCGAUAAGAAUUGAAAUAAAUGAAAUUGUUAGGAAUGCUUUACAUUUGAUAGAUAAGCAGGAUAUAAGAAUUGAAGAAUUUAAUCAAAUUCGGAGUUACUAUAAUUGCCCGAGGAUGGCUAUCUUGCGCCAUCCUCGGGCAGUUUAAAAAAUGGCCCCACACCGGGAAUUGAACCCACGUGUGGGGCCAUUUUUGGUGCGUGGAAGUCGAUGUUCUACACAUACCAAAAAUGGCCCCACACGUGGGUUCAAUUCCUGUUGUGGGGCCAUUUUUGAAUUGCCCGAGGAUGGCGCAAGAUAGUGCCAUCCUCGGGCAAUUACUAUAUAAUUUUUGGGCUUUUUCGAAAAAAAUUUAAAAAUUUCAGAUCUUGAUUUGAAAGCGACACUUCAAGCAAUUAAAGGUAAAAUUUAUGAUAAAAUCAAAGAAUUAAAAACCAAAGCCGUGAAUGGAAAGGAGCUGGUAGAAAUAAUUGAACCUUUGUUAAAAAUGAAAGAACUUUCAAUUAAUUUUCCUAAUUUUAGAGAGGGACUUCAUAAAAUUAUAGAUGAUUCUUUAGAAAAAAUUGGAAAAAAUAGCAAAGGAAUGAUAUUAGGAAUAAUUGGAGAGCUAGGAAAUCAUUCAACCGGACUUUAUAUACUGAAUGAGCAUAAGUUUUUUGAAGGAGUUACACAAAGACUAUGGCGACAAAAGACAGAAGCUUAUGGAAUAGGUUAUACACUUGAAAAACUUAAAGGCUCACAAUUAAAUAUAAACGAACUUCGAGAAAAGCAUCAGGCAUACAGUGAUAAAUUUAAAGAGUAUAGUGCAAAGUACCAGUCGAUUAUUCAUAAAGAAGGCAUAGAUAAUGCCAUAAGUCAGAUAGUGGCUGAAAUAGAAAUAACCUCCAGGAUUCAUGCUGUACCAUCUUUGAGUAUAGAUAUUGCCAAUAGUCAAGGCGUAGAUAAUGCUAUAAGCCAAACAGCAGCUGAAGCAGAAAUACCCUCAAGGACUCACUCAGAGAACCCUUCCGAUAUAGACCUUAACUCAUUCAAAAAUCUCAUUCCAAAACUUCUAGCUUAUAUUUCUAUUCUAUGGGAACUUUGCAAUAUAAAAAAAUACAAUCAAGAUGCUAAUAGUGAAGAAGAAAGGGAACUCUUUGCACUGCAUCCAGUACAAGUUCUGUCAAUAUUCCGUAUGAUCGGCAUUGGCAAUGAAGAAAAUGUAGGCUUUAAAAAUAAUUUAGUGCAAAUUCUAACAGGGGAAGGUAAAUCAAUUACAUUGGCAUUUUUAAGUUGCAUGCUUGCCUUAUUAGGAUUUACAGUUAAUUGUGCCUGCUAUAGCGAACAUUUAAGUCAGAGGGAUUUCGAAAAUUUUGAACCUUUGUAUACAGCUUUAAAUGUUAGCUCAUAUAUAAAAUAUGGAACAUUUAACAAACUUUGCGAAGAUGAAAUUAAUUCAAAUGGAGACAUUAGAGAAAGAGUCUUAGAUAUAAUCAGCCCUAGACCUAAUUGCAGCUCAAAUAUAACUGAUAAUACUAUGAAAAGACCUAAAAUUCUUCUUAUAGACGAAGUAGAUGUAUUUUUCUCCAAAUCUUUCUAUGGCAAUAUUUAUAGGCCUCUAGCAAAAUUGAAACAUCCUACUAUUAAGAUAUUAACAGACUAUAUAUGAAAAUCUAGAGAAAUGCUUAAAAAUAUAGAUAUAAGAACAGCAAAUGAAUAUACAGAUUGUUGCAGACAAUUUCCUGGGUUUGAGUUUAUUAUUGAAGAAGCUGUAAAAGACAUGAAAAUUCAUAUACAGCAAUUUGCCUCGCAUGAUUAUAUAGUUCAACAUGAUAAAAUUGGGUAUAAAGAGCAUGACGGAAUUUCAUUUAAUAAGAAUUAUGGAUAUAAUACUCUAUUUGCUUAUUAUUUUGAGCAUGAAAAAGGAAGUAUAACACAAGAAAGCCUAAACGAAAAUAUUUUUAUCGGGAUUAAAUGCGGCAUAUUUUCAUUUGCCGAAGUUCCUCUCAAAUUCAAAUAUAUUAUGGGAGUCACAGGGACUUUAGAGACCUUAGGGAAUUAUGAAAAAAAUAUCAUAGAAAAUAUAUAUAAUAUUAAAAUACAAACUUAUAUGCCAUCUGUUUUUGGAGACAAUCGUAGAACUUUUGCAAUAGAAAAGGAUGUUCGUGUAGAAGCCAGUGAAGGUUAUUAUUUGGCUAUAAUUACUGAAAUAAAUGAGAAAAUAGGGCAAGCAGGCUCCAAACGUGCUGUCCUAGUGUUUUUCGAAGAUGAAAAGAAACUAAUGGAUUUUUAUAAUGAAUCAACUUUAAAGUACUCCAGCUAUGACAUUCAGUUGAUAACAGAGAAUUUGAGCUCAGAAGAUAGGGGAAUGAUGAUUAAAAAAGCAACAGUUCCAAAUACUGUGACAUUAUUAGUAAGAGUUUUUGGCCGAGGAAUUGAUUUUAUAUGCCAAAAUCAAAAUAUGGAGACUAAUGAAGGAAUUCAUGUACUACAAACAUUUUUCUCAGAAAAUAUAUCUGAAGAAAUCCAAAUUAAAGGAAGAUCAGCAAGACAAGGCCAAAAAGGAUCUUACAGCAUAAUUCUUUUAGACAGUGAGUUAGAAAAGUUUUCAGUUCAAAAAGAAGACAUUAAAAAUAUGAAAGAUAGAAGCUCAAUUUAUAAUGAUUUGAAUAAGAAAAGAAAUGAAUUUAACCAAAUUAAAAGUGAAAACCAAUCUACCUAUAUAGAGGAAUAUGAAGUCCAGCAUUAUGAAUCAAUCAAUUUUUUGGGUUUUAUUAAGGAUAAUGAUCUAGAGAAUGCUAAACUUUUCUUACAAACUUUAAAUAAAGGAACUAAUAUAGAAAGUGGGAUUUGUAAAACGAUUGUUUUAAUGGACGCGACUGGUUCAAUGGACCUUUUACUGCAAAAUGCUAAAAAUACAGUAAAAACAAUGUUCCAACGGGUUUGUAUUAUUUUAUCAGAGAAUGGGAUCAAUCCUGAAUGUUUUCAAUUGCAAUACUGUGCAUAUAGAAAUUAUAGCUCCUUAUUAAAAAUUCUUCAAGUAUCUCCAUGAACUAAUAAAUCGGAUAUUCUCGAAAGUUUUUUGGAAAAUGUCAAAUCUGAAGGUGGUCAGGGAAAUGAAGCAAUAGAAGUCGGAUUAUGACAUGUAAAUAAUGCCAUUAAAAUUGACACAAUUUCUCAAGUAAUUUUAAUCGGCGAUCGUCCUCCAAACACUGCUAAGGACAUUGAAAAUAAAAGAGGUAAAGAUUCAAAAUACUGAAAUAGCACAAAAUUUAAAGAUGUAAGGCACUAUAGAAAAGAACUAUUAGAGAUUAAGGAGUUUGGGGUUCCAAUAAAUGCUUUUUAUGUUUGUAGUGAUGCUCAAAAGAAAUUUGAAAAAAUUGCAGCAAUAACAGGAGGAAAAAGUGAAUUCCUGCAUAUUAAUUCAAGUUCAGGAGCAGAGAGACUGACAGAUUUAGUUUCUACUCAAAUUUUGGGAAAAGUAGGUGGAGAAGAUGCAGUAAAUGCUUAUUGGAAGAAGUUUCCUAUUUCAUAUGCUUAA